CGCUUCUGGUCACGUGGUUACGCUUGUCACUUUCUCGCUUUGGAAGCGUGUGAAGCAAGAUGUCUGCGUUGGAGUCUGUGGCCGAGGUGCAGAUAGAUCCCGAUGGGGUCUUUAAGUAUAUACUGCUCAGCGUGACCGCUGGGAAAUCGGAGCAGCACCGCGUUAUUGUCAGAGGCACCAAAAGCGCCGAGUACCACAAUCACAUAUUUGAAAAAGUGAACCCUGAAAUCCAAGCAUUAGGUUUGGAAUGUAAGUGCCUGGGCGGGGGAAAAAUUGAACAUAAUAGCAAAGACAAGAAAAUAAGAAUAUUUGGUGAAUCCACAGGAUACGGCAAAGCAGACCAUUCAGUAGCUGCGGAAAAGCUAAAGAAAGCAUACAGUGACUACGAGGUGACUUGGUCUGAUGACAAGAAAUGAGACCCUGUUUCUCCCAGUCGUACAGUAGAGUACAUCUUUCCUAUUUCAAGUACUUUCAGGCAACCAUGCUACUAAUUAUGUAGUUGAACAUUUCUCAUUUUGAGAACAUAAUAAAUGAUUUCCUUUCUGGCAA